AUGGGUUCUCUUCCAGGUCCAGUUGAGGGUAUCAGGAUAUCCAUCGACCGCGGUGGCACCUUCACCGAUUGUGUCGCCUCCGUCCCCGGCCAAGAUGACAUCCUCGUCAAGCUGCUUUCCGUCGAUCCCGCCAACUACCCCGAUGCCCCCGCCGAAGCCAUCAGGAGAGUGCUGGAGAAGGCGACGGGCAAGGAGUACCCGAAGGGAAAGAAGAUUUCGCUGAGAGGCGUUGAAUCUAUCAAGAUGGGCACAACAGUCGCGACAAAUGCGCUCCUCGAGAGGAAAGGAGAGCGCACAGUAUUCGCAGUCACAAAGGGUCUCAGGGAUCUGCUUCACAUCGGCAACCAAUCAAGACCGAAACUUUUCGACCUCGCCAUCCGCAAACCCGACGUCCUAUACUCCAAGGUCAUUGAGAUUCCAGAGCGAGUGACCCUCGAGGCGUGGUCAGAGAGCAACAAGCCCGAGACCAUUGACAUCGACUCAGACCCCGCCCUCGUCAAGGGCGUCACCGGCGAGGCCGUCCGUGUUCUCGAGCCUUUAGACCUCGAGGCGUCAAGGAAAUCCCUCCAGGAAGCCUACGACGAAGGCUAUCGCUCCAUCGCCGUCUGCCUCAUGCACAGCUACACCUUCCGCGACCACGAGGCCGCGAUAGCCCAGCUCGCCGCCGACAUUGGCUUCACCCACAUCUCCCCCAGCGCCGAGCUCUCCCCCGUCGUCAAGAUCGUGCCGCGCGGCAAUUCUUCCACGGCGGACGCCUACCUCACGCCUGAGAUCAAGCGGUAUAUCGCCGGGUUCGAGGCCGGGUUCGAGGAUCUGGGCACGAGCGGGUGCCGCUGCGAGUUUAUGCAGAGUGACGGCGGUCUGGUCGAGUUCUCGGGCCUGUCUGGUUUGAGGGCGAUCUUGUCGGGCCCUGCUGGUGGUGUGGUUGGAUACGCAAGGACGUGCUACGAUGAGCUUGACAAGACUCCUGUUAUUGGGUUUGAUAUGGGUGGUACGAGUACCGACGUCUCGAGAUAUGCGGGCGAGCUCGAACAAGUAUUCGAGACGACAACUGCAGGUGUCAUGGUCCAGACGCCACAGCUGGACAUCAACACCGUCGCAGCGGGCGGCGGCAGUAUCCUGAGCUGGCAAAGUGGCAUGUUCAAGGUCGGCCCUGAGAGCGCCUCAGCCCACCCCGGUCCGGCAUGCUAUCGCAAAGGCGGUCCUCUUACCGUCACGGACGCAAACCUCGUCCUCGGCCGUCUGCGUCCCGAGUUCUUCCCCAAGAUCUUUGGUCCCAAUGAAGACCUGCCCCUGGAUGUCGAUGCCAGCAGGCGUCUAUUCGAGGAGCUCACCGCCAGCAUCAACAAAGACGAGAACACGAGUCUUAGUGUAGAGGAGGUUGCCGCAGGCUUCCUCGACGUCGCCAACGAGUCUAUGUGCCGCCCAAUCCGCACCCUGACAGAGGCAAAGGGCUACGACGCCGGCCUCCACAACCUCGCCUCCUUCGGCGGCGCCGGCGGCCAGCACGCCUGCGACAUUGCCAAAACCCUCGGCAUCUCCCGCGUCCUCGUCCACAAGUACUCCUCCGUCCUCUCCGCCUACGGCAUGGCCCUCGCCGACGUCGUCCACGAGGAGCGCUCCCCCUGCGCCCUGACCUACUCCGAGGCCAAUCUGCCCGUCUUCGCCGCCGAGCUCGACAAGCUCGUCGCCAAGGCCUCCGACAUGCUCCUCAUGCAGCGUAUCCCCGAGGCCCGCAUCGACGCCGAGCGCUACCUCAACAUGCGCUUCCACGGCAGCGACACCCCGCUCAUGAUCCAGGAGACCGCGGCCGGCGGCUACCUCGAGGCCUUCAGAGCCGCGCACCAGAAGCAGUUCGGCUUCCUCCCCGUCGGCAGAGACGUCAUCAUCGACGACUACCGCGUGCGCGCCAUCGGCCGCACGACCGUCAAGCUGCCCACCCCCUGGCCGGCCGAGCUCGCCGCGCAGAAGGCCGUCCCGGCGCCCGCGGCCAAGACCACGAAGAAGGUCUACUUCAAGGGGCUUGGAUGGGCUGACACGCCGGUGUACGGCCUCGCCACGCUGGCGCCGCACUCGCGCGUCACCGGCCCCGCGCUCAUCAUGGACGACAAGCAGACCAUCGUCGUCAUCCCCGACGCCGCGGCGACGGUGCUCUCGGAGAACGUCGUCAUCGACGUCAAGGUCGGGACCAAGGAGACCAUGUCUGCGACGACGGUCGACCCGAUCCAGCUGUCCAUCUUCGGCCACCGCUUCAUGGGCGUCGCCGAGCAGAUGGGCCGCGCGCUGCAGAAGACGAGCGUCAGCACCAACAUCAAGGAGCGGCUCGACUUCUCGUGCACCGUCUUCUCGCCCGAGGGCGGGCUGGUCGCCAACGCGCCGCACGUGCCGGCUAUGAUUGGUAGCAUGGCCUUCGCCGUCAAGUGGCAGAUUGACCACUGGGCGGGCAACCUCAAGCCGGGAGACGUCAUCCUGUCGAACGCCCCCGUGUGUGGAGGCACCCAUCUGCCCGACCUUACGGUCAUCACGCCCAUCUUCGACGCCGAGGGCAAGAAGAUCAUCUUCUGGACCGCCUCAAGAGGGCACCACGCCGACGUCGGCGGCAUCCUCCCGGGCUCCAUGCCGCCCAACUCCAAGGAGCUUUGGGAGGAGGGCGCCGUCAUCAAGGCGUUCAAGGUCGUCGAGGGCGGCGUCUUCAAGGAGAAGGAACUCACCGACCUCCUCAUGGCGCCGGCCCACUCCCCGGGCUGCCAGGGAACCAGAUGCCUCCGCGACAACAUCUCCGACAUCAAGGCCCAGGCCGCGGCAAACCACCGCGGAAGCCAGCUGAUCCACUCCCUGAUCGAGGACUACGGCAUCGACGUCGUCCAGUUCUACAUGGAAGAAAUCCAGGGCGCCGCAGAGCGCGCCGUCCGCGACAUGCUCAAGACGAUCCACGCCCGCACCGACGGCACACCCCUUUCCGCGAUCGACUACAUGGACGACGGCACGCCGAUCCAGCUCAAGGUGACCAUCGACCCGGCCACCGGCGGCGCCGUCUUCGACUUCGACGGGACCGGCCCCGAGGCGUACGGCAACUGGAACGCGCCCAUCGCCAUCUGCAACUCGGCCAUCAUCUUCGCGCUGCGCUGCAUGGUCGACGCCGAGAUCCCGCUCAACCAGGGCGCCAUCCGGCCCAUCGACGUGCAGGUCCCCGAGGCCUCGCUGCUGCGCCCGACCGAGCACGCCGCCGUGUGCGCCGGCAACGUGCUCACCUCCCAGCGCGUCGUCGACGUCAUCUUCAAGGCCUUCGGCGCCGCCGCCGCCAGCCAGGGCUGCAUGAACAACCUCACCUUCGGCACCGACGACCCGGAGACCGGCUUCGGGUACUACGAGACCAUCUGCGGCGGCGCCGGCGGCGGCCCGACCUGGGACGGCGUCAGCGGCGUGCACACCAACAUGACCAACACGCGCAUCACGGACCCGGAGUCGCUCGAGCGGCGGUACCCCGUCAUCCUGCGCCGGUUCUGUCUCAGGGAGGGCAGCGGCGGUAAAGGUGCGCACCCGGGUGGUGACGGUAUUAUCAGAGACAUCGAGUUCGGCAUCCCCAUCAAGGCGAGCAUCCUCAGCGAGAGGCGGUCGUUUGCGCCGUACGGGCUGAGGGGCGGUGAGGACGGCCAGCGGGGACGUAAUGUGUGGAUCAAGAAGAGCGGGAGGGUCGUGAACCUGGGCGGUAAGAACACCGCCAUGAUGGAGGCGGGCGACCGCAUCGUUGUCAUGUCGCCUGGCGGCGGCGGCUGGGGCAGGCCCGAGGAUCGGGUGCAGGGGGAGCAGAAGCAGGUGAAUGGGUUUGUGGGCGUGGCAAACGGGACGGUUGAUAUGAUUCAGAGCAUGGGAGAGUCUGCUUAA